GAAAUGGAUUGGAAACUUGGAUUUAAUGGAAAUUCUUCCAAAUAUAGCGGCUCGCUGAAUCAUCGUCACAAUGGUGGAGAAAUGUCUGAUCAUCCAAAUCCUUUAUCACCUCCUCCAAGAAGACUCCUUCGUUCGUUGCCAACUCCAGGUGCGAGCAGAAGGAUCAAAAAGCAACCAGCCAGCACCACUGAGCAGAAUAAUCAGUCUGCGGAGAAAGAUACGGAGCGAAAAGAAAAUGGAGAAGACAAUUCAGUGACACCAAAGGCACCUGAUUUGCCACAGCUCGACUCUGCGUCCACCCCUAAGGUACCCACACUGAAACUGAACGAUGAACCUUUACCAGAAGCACCGGGUAUGAAGAAGGUAUCGACCGUGGAUGAGGAAAGGGAUGCCGAGCUACGCAAAAAGUUCUUGGAGAUGCAGAUUCACGAUACCCCGAACGUUCCCAUACUGAAAUUGAAUAUACCAAAGGCUGCUAAGCUUCCUCCCAAACCUAUUCAGAGGAAGAUGGCGCGUGGCUCCGAAUCGCCACCCGAGGAAGGUGCCGAAUCCUCCAAUCCCAAACAACCCGACUUCAAAGCUGUUCAAAGACGUUUAUUACGAGAGAAGAGAGCACUUCUAGGGCUACAAAAUGAGAAAUCUCGUUUACGACGGCCGCCGCCACCCGAUCCAACAAGCAUUGAGCAAGAAACCAAACGAAAGAAGUCGACGGAUCUAGAAGAAUCAAAGAAAGUUGACACUUCUCAGUCUGGAGAUCAAGAUGAAGAUCUCAAAGCAAAGCAAAAGGAGGCAAAAGACAAGAUAAAGAAGCUCGCAUACUUGAUGGCAAAAGACAUUCGGGAACAGCACAUCCCUGCGUGGCAAUUAAAGCGUAUGGCCAAAGGGAAAACUGAGGAAGAGACGAAGGCAAGAAAGAAGGUGUUAGAACUCGCAUUGCGCAUCGUCCAAAAGCAGGAACAAAAGGCAAAGGAGGAAGACGAGAAACCGCCGAAAGACACUGAAGUACCUGAAAAUGAGGAACCGAAAGCCCGUCAAUCGCCAGGCCUAAAACUCAGUUCUACGAGUAGUCCAGAUAGCAAAAAAGAUGGCAGUAUGAAGCAACCACGUAAGAGCAAAGGGAAAGGGAAAGAACUUGCGAUACCAUUCGAGUCAGCAUUCAUAGUGGACGAGCAACGCCUGCAUCAAGAGCGGGCUCCCCGAAUUUUGGGUGUUGUCCCGACGUGGAUGAUGAGCCGGCUUCUCCGCUGCUCGGGCCCACAAGAUGGUGGGAUUCAGACUCUGGGCGACGAAGAAGGCGACGAGAUUCUGGCUUUUCCGUCAUGA